AUCCAGCUACAAUGCCAACCCAACCCGACGAAACCGGUCCCGAUCCCCAACGAGUCAACACCAACCAAAUCCUCAACAGCAGACACCAACUCCUCGAGAAACGCGGCGCAGGGCGCUACUCCACCGUCUGGCUAGCCAGAGACCAGAAAGAAUCAUCCUACGUAGCGAUCAAGAUCCUCACCUCAGGCUGCUACGGCAGCGACCACGACAUCUUCGAGCUGGAGAUCCUGCGCCACCUGCGGCAAGCAAACCCCAACCAUCCAGGCCACCGUCACAUCCCCAUCCUCCUCGAUGACUUCACCCACGAAGACCCCGAUGGCCACCACGUGUGUCUCGUGCUCGAACCCAUGGCCGAAGACCUCAACAGCUUCUCCUUCUUCUUCGAGGGCGUCAAAAUCCCAAGUCAGAUCAUGAAGCGCAUCACGCGCCAGCUGCUCCUGGCGUUGGAUUACGCGCAUACCGCGGGGGUCAUCCAUACUGACAUCAAGCCCGACAACAUCAUGAUUCGCCUCCGCGAUCCAUCCGUCAUCGAGAAGUACCUGAGCCCUCCCAGAUCGUUGUCCCUAGGCGAGGAGAACUUCAACGACCGCUCUGAGUUCAUUCAGGUGCAGGUUGUGCUUGGCGAUUGGGGGUCCGCUAGCUGGGUGUAUCGGCAUCUGACCGACUGGAUCCAGCCGACCUUGCUCCGCGCGCCAGAGGUUAUGCUGGGCGCGGAGUGGGGCACGGGGGUCGAUAUCUGGAACCUCGGCGCUUUGUUGCCGGAGUUGCUUGAUGCGAUUCGGUUGUUUAACGGAAGGGCGGAGAGGGGGAGGGGUGGGUAUAUGAUGAAGCAUCAUUUGGAGGAAAUUGAGGCGCUCUUUGGGGUGCCCCCGACGUGGUUGUUGGAGAAGGGCGAUCAGGAGAUUGAGAUUGUUUGGCGGUACUUUGAUGAAGGCGGUCGGAUCCGGGAUCCUGUGGAGCGGCCCCUGAAGUUGGGGAUGUGGGUUGAGGUGAUUGACGGGGCUGAGAAGGCGGAGUAUCUUGAUUUGCUUAGGGGGGUGUUGAUGAUUGAUCCGGUGCGGCGGAGGAGUGCGCGGGAGUUACUGGGGAUGGCGUGGCUUGCUGGCGAAGGAAUCGCUUCUGAUGACUUGUAA